AGGUAGCAGCAGACCGCCGCUGCCUUCGCAGCCUCGCAGGCGUUGACCCUCACACACACAGACCCACAGCCGCCGUCUUCGCAGGCGAUCCUUCCGACCGCAGGUCCCCCUUCUCCCUCCUCGUGCUCCCUCCUUCCUCCAAACCCUGGCGCAAACCCUAAUGUCCGCCGCCGGGGACCCCUCCCGCCUUUCCGGCGAGUCCUCGCCGUCGUCCCCCACCUCCUCCUCGCCCUCCUCUAGUGCCGCCGACGCCUCCGCCACCAACCUCGCCCUGACUGCAUCGACCUCCGCCGGCGGCAAUGACGCCGACGCCGACGCUGAUGUCCCCACCUCUCCGCAUUUGGGAAUGUACUUUGAGACGGAGGAAGACGCCUACGAGUUCUACAAGGCCUACGCCGCCCGCCUCGGCUUCGUCGUCCGCAAGUCCAACAAGUCCAAGAACUCGCGGCACACCGUCACCCGCCGCCUCUUCGUCUGCUCCAAGCAGGGGUUCCGCCAGGAGCCCAAGAAGCCCCAGGACGAUGCGGCCGGAGCCAGAGUCGUGUCCCCGUCCUCAACGGCGCCGGCGCCUCGGUGCCCUGAUUCGCGCACAGGCUGCCUGGCGUCGCUCACGAUCAAGCUCAUCCCUUCUGCCAACGCCUUCCGUGUCACUGACUUCGUCGCCGAGCACAACCACCAGCUCGCGUCCGCGGCGCCUGCCGUUUCUCUGGCCUUACUGCCACCAAGCUCAUCGCACCACAGCAUAGCGACUGCGGCGAGCUUGCCGGACCCAAGGGAUGGGCCACAUGUGGACAUGCACUUCGAGACCGAAGAGGACGCGUAUGUCUUCUACAACAGGUAUGCUGAGCACGUAGGCUUCAGUGUCCGCCGUUCCUACAAGAAGCGCAAGCGCGGAAUGAUAGUGUCACGGAUCUUUGUUUGUUCCCGCGAGGGUGUCAGCGACCGUGCCAAACAAGAGGGUGGAGCCAUAGUCACUGCAAAUGGUGUUGCAGGAUCAUCAGGCACACCUAGGCCCGGCCCGGCACCAACACGGACAGGAUGCCAGGCGAGAAUGGUGAUCAAGAUCACCCCCUGCCGGACAUACCGUGUGGCGAAGUUCUUCCCAGACCAUAACCAUCCGCUCGCCAAUCCGGAGAGCGUGCAUAAGCUGCGGUCACAUAAGAUGAGGGCUCGGGCACAUGAGCUUGGGGCGGGGGACCUGCAUCGGAGGAAGCAAGGGAAGGGUGUGCAGCUCGGUGAUGCUGGUGCAGCAUUGCAAUACUUGGAGGGGUUGCAGCUAGGGAAUCCUUCAGUGUAUUAUGCAGUAGGGAUUGGGCCUGAUGGGAAAUCUGCUGUAAAUUUCUUCUGGGCUGAUGCGAAAUCAAUAAUUGAUUUCAGGAGUUUUGGGGAUGUCGUUUGCUUUGAUACAACAUAUGGAUUGAAUAUCUAUGGACGGCCAUUUGCAUUGUUUGUUGGUGUAGACAACCACAAACAGUUACUUGUGUUUGGUGCAGCACUACUCUAUGAUGAAAGCAUUCAGUCAUUCAAAUGGGUAUUUGAGGUGUUUGCUGAUGCUAUGCGUGCUAGGCAGCCACAAACUAUUUUGAUCGAUGAGCGUCCUGAGUGUGCUGCUGCAGCAGCAGAGGUCUGGCCUGGAAGCAACCGUUGCACAAGUGUGUGGCAUAUAUACCACAAUUCAAAGAGGCACUUGAAGCAGGUGUUUGAAAGCUCAAAGAGUUUCAGCAAUGCUUUGAGCCAUUUUCUCUUUGACUAUGAGGAUGAGAUGGAGUUCUUGUCAGCAUGGGAAAGGCUAACUGAGAAACAUGACAUCAGCGAGAGUGAGUGGCUCAGCGGUCUUUUCAUGGAGAAAGAAAAAUGGGCUUUACCUUAUCAGAGAAACAUCUUUUCUGCUGAUAUACUCACCACUCUUCAGAAGGAUAACAUGAUUAACGAACUGAAACGAGAGCUCAGUGAGCAAGAAGAUAUUCUGCAGUUCUUUAGGCGUUAUGAGGCUAUUCUGGAAGAGCAUCGAUCAAAGAAAUUGCACGCUGAUGUUGAUGGCAGCCAGGUUACUUUGCCUAUCCCGUCACUGCGAAUGCUAAAACAAUCAUCAAAUGCUUAUACACCUGAGGCUUUCAAGAUGUUCCAGGGUGAGUUUGAGACUUACAUGAAUUGCAUGUCCUUCCCCUGUGGUGUGGUCGGCACAAUCUCAGAGUACAAAAUUGUGCUUGAUGAGAAGCCAUCAGAAAACAUUGUCAAAUUUGAUGCACUAGAUGGCUCAGCCAGUUGCAGCUGCAAGAAGUUUGAGGCUGUUGGAAUUCAGUGCUGUCAUGUACUGAAGGUACUUGAUCUCAAGAAUAUCAAAGAGCUCCCAGAACAAUAUAUUUUGAAAAGAUGGAGAAAAGAUGCCCGUUCUGUUCAAAUUGGGGAGGAACCAACCUAUGGAACUGGCAGUGUUAUGCAAUCAGCCUCAGAAGCCCGAUUCAAUAAUAUGUGCCGGUUGGCUAGCUUGAUUGCUUCAAGGGCUUCCAAAUCUGAGGAGGCAAUGUCGUAUAUUGAAAGCCAAUCAAGUGUUCUUCUGAAGCAUCUUGAUAAUAUUCUACAGACAGGCUAUCCUGAUAUGGGAAAUCAUGCUGUUGCUUCAAGUAGUCAAGCGAUUUCCUUUGUAGGCAGCCAACAUCCUGGCCAUACAACACAAGCAGGAGCUGUUGCACAGACAACAAAUGGUCUGAUAGGGCUUUGAUGGAACAUUUGCAAUCUAUAGUCUAUAUCAUACUAGCAACAUUGCCGUUCAGGGCUGCAUGAUUGCUGGGAAUCCUCCUCACCAACAACUUGUAUACUCCUAUGAAUUGAGGGGGUCAGCCAGCCUUUGUAAAUUGAACUGAACAUAAGGAUGAUGGUCUGAUGGUGUAGAGUUUUAUCUGUGGCCAAGUUGAUGUAUUUGUGGUGCUAAUUAUCUCCAAUUUUGAUGAACCUGUGCCUUCUCUGCAUAAAGUAGCAUAACCCAUCCCCCCAAUGCAUUUCAGUGAUUCUUGGUCCGCCGUGGGCAAAUAAAAGAUGGCUCCAGAUCCAUUUGAUGUGCUAACAAAGCUUUGUCAAUUGUUCGGAAAACUUUGUAGUUUGUACAUUGCAUAUUCUUCAAUGAGAUAUUUAUUCAUAUAUAGGCAUCAAAAUCUUCAGAUAUUACAAUGAAUAUGCCGCAAGAUUAUACAUGAUUAUAGAACAAUCAAUCAUCAUACUAGCUAUAUAUUCCCGCAAUCAUAGCUACUGCAGCUGCACUUGGAUCCCAGAAUCAUACGUGGCCCCUGCUGUCCAGUUCUGUGGUAUUAUGCUUGUGGGAACUAACCAUUUCUGGUUGCCACCAUUUGGUUCUCCGCUGCUAAAUAGCAUCCUUAUGGACAGAGGGCCACUUGGUGGGGAGACAGCAGCCCAUACUGCACCACGAGUUCGGCUCAGAAGCUGGCAUGUCAGAUUUACAGUCUGCAUUCAACCAUCAACAGUAUACUGCUUUCGACGUCGUGAAGUUUGCAUCUGCAGUAGCCUUGGAGAUGAGCACAGAUAGAUAAAGCAAAGCUGAGAGGCAACAGAGGGGAAAAGCCAUCGAUGGUACAGCAACGAGCAACAAGGCUUAGAAGAUUAUAUUGUACAUAUAUAAGAUGAGAGACAGAGCCAUAUAUUUAUAGUGUUCAACUUGAGGUGCCUCCCCUUGGUUGCUCACGAGUUACGAGCUGGUUUGGUUUUGAAUGGAUGGGGACGGCAAUGCCGUUGUUGAAUAUGCUUCUGGGUGUGCACGUCCCUGACAGCUUAAGUUCUUGUAAAUCCUUUCUUCAUUUCUUCCUGUAAGAGUGGCCGCUUUUUGGAGGCUGUUUUAGAAA